ACCUCACAUGGGAGAUAAGAACCCCAGGGGAGUGCGAGAAGUGAGAAGAGGGAAGAGCCCAGGGGAACAGCUGGGCAAGAAGAAUCCAUCAUCAAGGAGACUGAGAAGGAGGGAAGCAGAGGAUGUUCUCUGUGGCUAAAUAAGAAGAUGCGAUAAGUGGAAAAUAUUCAUUUGAACUUGUGACUCAGCUCCUCCUGACCUCAGGGAAGUGUAUGCCGUAAAUCAAGAUGCUACUCCAGCGCCUCCCCCAAGUGUUCCCACAGGGGCGGAGGCCGGAGGAGCCAUUAGCGGGAGUGACAGGGCCCACUUCGAUCUUACAUCAGCACGGAAACUCAGAAGACAAAGACAAGUUCUUCACAAUGUCGUACAGACGAGAACUAGAGAAAUACCGCGACCUGGAUGAAGAUGAAAUCCUCGGAGCCCUAACAGAGGACGAGCUCAGGACCCUGGAAAAUGAGCUGGAUGAGCUGGACCCUGAUAACGCACUGCUGCCUGCAGGCCUGAGGCAGAAGGACCAGACCACCAAAGCGCCCACGGGCCCCUUUAAAAGGGAGGAGCUCUUGGAUCACUUGGAAAAGCAAGCAAAGGAGUUUAAGGACCGAGAAGAUCUGGUCCCCUACACAGGGGAAAAGCGAGGAAAGGUCUGGGUCCCCAAGCAGAAGCCGAUGGAUCCCGUGCUGGAAAGUGUGACACUGGAGCCAGAGCUGGAGGAGGCCUUGGCGAACGCCUCUGACGCGGAGCUCUGUGACAUCGCAGCUAUCCUGGGCAUGCACACCCUCAUGAGCAACCAGCAGUACUACCAGGCCCUGGGCAGCAGCUCCAUCGUGAACAAGGAGGGACUCAACAGUGUGAUUAAGCCGACACAGUACAAGCCUGUGCCCGACGAAGAACCAAACUCAACAGACGUGGAGGAAACGCUGGAGCGGAUAAAGAGCAACGACCCGAAGCUCGAAGAGGUUAACCUCAACAACAUCCGGAAUAUCCCCAUACCCACCCUCAAGGCGUACGCAGAAGCCCUGAAAGGCAACUCGUAUGUGAAGAAGUUCAGCAUCGUGGGGACGCGGAGCAAUGACCCCGUGGCCUAUGCCCUUGCUGAGAUGCUCAAGGAGAACAAGGCGUUGAAGACACUGAAUGUGGAAUCCAACUUCAUUUCCGGAGCGGGGAUCCUGCGCCUGGUGGAAGCUCUUCCACACAACACUUCUCUGGUGGAACUGAAAAUCGAUAACCAGAGCCAGCCCCUGGGCAACAAAGUGGAAAUGGAGAUCGUGAGCAUGUUGGAAAAAAACACAACGCUUCUGAAAUUCGGCUACCACUUUACCCAGCAGGGGCCCCGGCUGCGGGCCUCCAACGCCAUGAUGAGCAACAACGACCUUGUGAGGAAGAGGAGGCUCGCAGACUUGACUGGGCCCAUCAUUCCCAAGUGCCGGAGUGGAGUCUAGUGUGUGGUGGUGGUGACCACGCCUCUGAACUGGACACGUUCUACUGAUGAUCUGUGCUCUGCAGUGGAAGCCAGAAGGCAGAAUGUCGGCACAAACCCUUUUGUGGUUCAGUUCUUUAUGCACAAAGGUUUUAGGAUAACUAGUGGUUACAGUUGAAAUUUUAUAAAUUAUGGUUAAUGUGAAGUUUUUCUUUAGUCACAGAAGUUCAGUCUGGUUAUUGUUUAAAAACUAAGAAGGCCCUGGACCGGCAGAUCUCCCUGAAGAUGACGUUACAGCAGCAGUGACUUAGCUGAGAGCCUGGUUUUGGUGGCCUUGCUAUAUGGCGUUUCAGGUGUAUUGACUAUGCUUAAUGCACGAACAAACAGCACACUCUUCGCACGGUAUAGAAGCAUUAUACUUUAUUACAAAUUUGAUCUUAGCUAUUUAGCCAGCAGAACAGGCUUUUUAUUAACCCUCCUUUAAAUAGAAGAACCUCAAGAUUAAAGUUGCCAAAUUGAUUGAUGGAUCAAGAACACAAUUUUUCCCCUCAAGACAGACAGAAAGACUAAAGCCACUGAACUCUGCCAGGAAUCAAAGAACAUGAGAUUCCUUUUGCUGGAUAUGAGGAAAUUCCAAGUUUCAAAAACCAUCCUGUCUUUACCAAUCCCAGGCAACAAACAGCUCCUUGAGUGUUCUUUAUGGCAUCUGGGGUUUAUUUACAUUUUAACACCGGAGUCAGAAAGAAUUUUUUCCUUUAUCAAAUGCUAACCUUAUGAUGGAUAUGAAAACCUGUGGCCAAAUACUUGAAAACACCUUUCUAUAUUGCACAGUGGGCUAAUGGCUUACUUGAAGUCAAAUGUUAGAGGGAUAAAUUUCCAGUCUAUGCUGACAGACUUGCAACUAUCUGUGGCAGCACUUACUAGACACGUCACUGCUAAUCUUAAACAGUUAAGCCUCAGAAGGCCAACGGGGAAGACCCAGAUAGUAAAGAAUUAGGAAACCCUGGUCAAACUAUCCCAAGAUGAUGAUUCUGAAAAUGUAAUUUUGGUAUCUCUGCUGCAUCCUUUUAACAUCAUUGCACUUCUUGGGAUCCAGCAAAAAAGUGAAGCCACAAUGCCCUUGUGCCUUUUAACAUACCACAGUGCCAGUCGAGCUAGUAUUUCUGUUGCUUGGGAAGUUACAUUCAUGAGUGAUAGGACAAAUCUCCUGAUAAAGGCCACGCCAAAGAGCUGACGAGCAGACUGCUGCAGAGCACUGAGCAGAGAGGCUUUUGACGAGAAAGGAAGUCUUGCACACUGAACUGUAACGCCGUGGACGGUGCAGGGUAACCGGAGGUGGCCCUCUGUGCAAGUGUCUACGAGGCUGCAGAUGGGCCCAGCAGUGGCACCACCGGCUUCUCCUUGAAACACAAUUGCAGCUGUAUUCUGCAUCACUGGAAACUGCAAUGUAACAUUAAAUCUGUUGGUCUAUGAAUGACUGCGUAUGUGUUUCUUGGGACCUGUGUGACAGGGACACGCACCCGACAAGGCCGGGAACCACGGCAGUGCUGGAUGACCUCACUCAGAAGGUCUUGUAUCCCAAGGCAUUUGUGUAAAAACUGCCCAUAUGUGUCAUCAAGCUAAUCUGAAUCUCUCAAAGAAAAUACUUAAAAGCAAAGUGUGGUGGAUACUAGGGAAAACAGAGACUAUUAGGGGAAAAUCUCUGUUAAAAACCAAAUCAAUAAAAAACGAAGGUGAGCCACA